AUGGACUCCAGCGGUGUCAGAGACUGCCUGCGUAUGGGGACGGACCGUCGGUCUGCUAACCUCGCUCGAGCUGACUUCACGCGACAGACCAAUGGUGGCCGGGAGGCGGAAGAAGAGAGAGGGCAAGUCGGCUUGUCUAGUACCUCUCAAGCCGCCGAUCCUGAAUUGCCAAAGGAGGUUCUAGACCCUGCAAAAGCAGACGAUUCGGUCCUGGUGAGUCAGACUAGAGAAGGCCAUCGGGAACGCAGUCAGGACAGACGCAGUUCAACUAGAAAUAGACAGUAAGUGCCAUUGGUACAUUCUAAUUUACAACUUUGCUGGACUGCCACCUAAGUCUGCUAGACAGAAAACUUAUCCAUGAAACGUCGAAAGGUACUCCGUAGAGAAAGCCUAACCGGGUUUCCGAAGGAUAAUUUGUGAAAAUAGGUGGUGGUUGUGGUAGAAAUCUCCAUGUUUUAUCUGGCAUCUUGAUCCUCUAAAUCCGUUGUUGGAGGGAUGGAUCUGCCCUUGCAGGUAAAUGACUAAUGAAAUCUUAUCUACAUUUUGCGAGUCACGCAUUGUGAAUUUCCUUCCACGAGGGUACUGUGGCAGAAUUUAACAAUAAAUAUACUCUCAUCUGCUUCCUUAGCAAUUCCGCUUGGAGAUGGGGAUACGAAGCAGGAACCAAGAGUGUCCUGCUGAAUAAAUGAAGAAGUGAAGGUGAUUCAUGCUGAGAGAACUCUGCAAAUACAUGUUUUUGGGCAAUUCUACCGUGUUCCGGAUAAGAACAGCAACAUCUUUUUUAACCUCCGUAGUCCCUCUUUUCAGAGUAAAUAGAGUUUUUGCUACAAACAAUCUGUAAGACUCACGUGAAACGGGAUCACAAGUCCAACAAUGGGACUGCCUAAAAAUCGUUUUCGUUGUUCGGUAUGAAGACCUCGUGGGCCUUUUUCGCCGAAGUUCCGAAGAUUUCGUCUUACACUUGAGCCUCCAGGUCGACACUAAUCGAAUGACGUGAACUUUUUAUACCGGAACGCUUUUUAACGUUGAACCCCUAUCCUGGACUGGCUAGCUGCUCUAACACUAAUAUUCCUGUCCUAGGAAACGUUGUCUUAGAAAUAAUUCUGGGACAAUCGCUUUGGAAUCCCUUUAGGGUCCAGUAACCGAGGGUGGAGACACUGUUCACAGAAAACGUCAAUUUUAGAAAAUUCACAAGGCUGUUUUUCAACAGUGUGCGCACUCUUCGAAGGCAAAUAUGUCUAAGUGUGCUCUGAUAUAUCGAACAAAACCGUUGUUUGUCCACUUCAAUGCCCUGAUAGCGUACUUAAGGAAGAUUGAAAGAGAGGAGGUUCGUAGAUCGAUUAAAUCAGGGUUGUACUAAUAGGAUCACUCAUCUCUCCGAAUUCUCUCGCGAGCCAUGUUUACCAUGUAGAUGCGCGUCAAGCCCUAUUCACUUCCAAACGCUGGUCGGGGUAGGAGUAAUUGUAAGUAGUUCUGAAGCCACUGCUGCCCCAGUCUUUCUCGUCGUUUUCUGUCUACUUUUCGAACGUUCAGAAGUCUACAAAGAAUCGGGCAGUGUAUUGGAAACUCGUUAGCAUCUUAAUCCUGCUAUGAGCAUUUAAGCGUUUUUCAUAUAGAGCAGAAAAGGCUAGAAUGAGCAAAAUCCCCUGGUGUCUGAACUACAAACUCGUUUUCUUUAAGAGCAGCCGCACGGUCAAAACUAGCCUUUUGUAUGUUCAACUGGAACAACCGUAAAGAACUUUUCUGCUUUCUCCGGGGUUUCAGCGGACAUCUUUUGUUCAGUCGCUACGAAAAGCUGUCAAAAAUUGGUGAGGGUGCCUAUGGUGUGGUGUUCCGCUGUCUGGAUCAGAAGACAGGCCAAAUGGUUGCAGUAAAACGCUUCACCGCGACCGAUGACGACCCCCUCGUCAAGAAGAUCGCUUUUCGUGAGAUCAAAAUGCUGAAGGUACGUUCGUGGCGAGUCUUCAUUUGACCAGAGUUGGUGUCCAAAUGCGCUUUUGAGAGUAGCGAAAACCCAACCUUUGCAAAUUCAUUGACACUUGUUAUUUUUAAAAUAAAAUUUUGCGCUUUUGAAUAGGCAUGCCACAGCAACAUUGCGGUUUAUCACUCAACCCUUAAAUGACGGUUAAGGUAUUAAAACUGGGUUUCAUAGGUGCAGCCCAGCCAUUUCAAGUAAGGAUAAUACCGGUCUGCCAAGUCCAUCUUCAGUGACAAACGGGGAGUAAAAUUCUACGAAAUCCAGGCCACUCGAUAAAUAGGAAAGAUACAUACCACUUCACUGCGUGUCGAAAAAACAACCAUUGGACUGCGCUCUGAGUGGUCAUACCCAAAAGUUUGGAGCAAAUAUCCCAUCCGUUUCUGAGGUAGUUUCAGUCAGUUUUGUGGGACUUCGCUCCCAAAGCACGCCUUAACCGGGCAGAUAGCCAUUAUUGACCGUCGCGAACUUCUUCUUGAUUACUUCCGGCCCUCAAGUCAGUUGAAGGUCAAUGCCGUGGCGACCGCAUUCUCUCCUGUCUCGGCGUCCAAUCAAUAGUCGCCUUUUCAUUGGCUCUUCCCUUCCGCAUACCCUCUAUCAUUUGAUUCGCCCUUGCACCAACAGGAGUGAACGGAGCAUGAAGGAUGAGAUUCUCCUGAGCAGCAGCCUUUCCUUGAGGUAUCCAAGAGAUAAAACGGAAGAGGAGAGAGGGUGGAUUAUACAGGACUGCAUGAUCGCAGUCUAAUACCGCAAAACCAGUGUCACGAAACACCUUAUGACGUAUUCGCUGAACCAGGAAGACCGUUCUAACCUAGCACGGUCUGGGGGUGGCCUACAGUCUUUUAACAAUGCAUGUGGAAUGACGAAAGGCCUCUUUUCAGAAGAGCAGCGAUCGAUGACAGUGUUCGAGGUAUCCAGGAAGUUGCACGUUGCGUCAUUAACUACGUUUGCGCAUCAUUUGUCUCCCAAAGUCUCAAGACCCGUUGCGUGAGAAGGGCCUUACUGACACCGCACAUGCGCCUGGAGAGAUAGCUUACCAAGGCUAUUUCGCACUGCCAAAUUAAUCAUCAGGAAAAUGAGGGGAAGUCUUGUGGCCAGUGAUGCCCUUGGCCGGCAGUUUGACAAAACCGGUUGUCUGCUGCGUCAAGACGGGGAUAACCCAAAAGUUUGCAGAAACUGUGGCUGGCAUUGCUUACUGCAUCGCAAUAUUUCUGCUUCUACAAGUUGUUACUAUUAGAAUUGAAGUAGGCUCGUGCUACAUGACCAUCAAGACUUCCAAAAAAUUACAGGAUAAUUCUAAUCUUUUGAUUUUUUAAGAGGUUGAAACAUCCAAAUCUUGUGAAUCUCCUGGAAGUUUUCAGAAGGAAGAAGAAAUUGCACCUUGUGUUCCAAUACAUCGACUACAGUCUUUUACAAGAAUUGGACAAUCCAGCAUCAAAGUACGUAACAACUACGAGACUGAACCUCGUAUUUUAUUUCAGUAUUGAGGUCGGUAACGCCGGAAGAGAGAAGCGACAUAUUCACAUCAUAACGAGAAUUAACUGCAAAACUCUAGUGUUCAUGAAAAUUAGGGCCUUAGUUUAGGCCGUCAGAAUUUUCCUUACCUUGAACAUGCCUUUCACGUGCAUUGAUAUCUAAAAUAUAUGUCUGUUUGCAUCCAAUAUGCGUUUCGAGCAAUGACAUACUUACCUCUCUCAGAAGAAACUGGAACAAUACCAAAGUUCCCCUAUUAAGCGCUGUUUUUUGUCCACAAGCAGACGGAGUAGCUGCAAUACGUCUGAACUUUGAUUCAGAUUUUUUACUCGGAACUCAAAGAGGCGUCUUUUUGGAAGUAAAACAACCCUUCUUCAUCGAUAUUUUACGCUCCCGAGUUACCUCUAUUGUCCUGACACUCGUUUUUCGACUUUUAGUACCAUGGAUCGAGACAAAGUUAUGAACAUCACGUGGCAAAUAUUGCAAGGGAUAAAUUUUUGCCACCAGUCAAACGUAAGACACCUAGAAUCUUCUAACCCAUUAAUAAUUUUAUUGCAAAGUGUAUUCAUAGGGACAUCAAGCCGGAGAACAUACUUAUUAAUGCCCAAGGCGAAGUGAAGUUGUGUGAUUUCGGAUUCGCCCGGUUCCUUGGUGAGUUAAGUUUACCGUUUAGCCUGAAGUAUAGAUGAUGUUGUCAAAUAGGUAGUGAUUUAACUAGGUCGAUUACAAACCGUACUUUUACAGGUACAAACAAAAAUUUUCGCGUUUCGGGUAUAGACCAAAAGAAGAAGAAGAAGAAGAAGAAGGAGCAGGAGAGGGAGAAGGGGUCUCGGGAACAGCAUGUUCAUUAUUUUAAAAUUCCGAAAGUAAACAAGCUUCAGUCGUUGGGGCCUCCCGGCUGCAAAGUGGUGGUCAACUCUCACCCAUUCACUGCCGCAGUGAGGUGGCGUCCGCCCCUCUCCUCCUUGCAAAAAUCACCAGUCGUGAGGGACAACAGGGUUGAGGGGAGGGGGAGCGCGGUGUUUCCAUACGUCCUCCACAGCUGAAACUUUUCUGCUCUGGAAGUGCCAGAUUGACCAAGGAGUAGAAAUGACAAGCACUCGGUUAGAGUUCGAGAUAGUCACAUUACAACGGUGUCAACGGCUGAGCUCUUUUUGUUUGUUAUUAUUUAAAAAUUAUCAACCCAUUCACCUUUUUUAAUUCUAAGCAUUUGUUUCAUUUUCGUUCCUUUACUCAUUCUACUGCUCCUGGGAGCAUUAACGAACGCAUGCAAUUGUCUGCUGCUCGCUUUCUAUGAAAGGCAGCAAUGGAGCAUUUAAGGAAACUCGUUGACACCUCGCAAUUCAGGAAAUUAAACAGUUGAGAGAGUACAGCCCACUGAAACCCCUGAUUGAAUGUUAAGUUAAAAUUUAGAGUCCAGUUAGUCUUGUGCUUUACCACUUCCGAAAUAAUUUUGUAACAGUAGCAUGUCGGCGAGCAAUGUAUCUUGUCCUUUUAGUUCUUCCCAGUGUCCGCGAUAUUCCGCAAUACACCAGCCAACAGAGCAAAUUAAGCCGAAAACAAGAGUAUUUAACCCAUAUAAGCAUCGAGGUUGAGACUGAAAAAUCGUAUUUCGAAGACUCCGUCCGAUGUCUGUCUAGCAGUUUCUCGUAAAAUAUGCACCAUCACUAAACUAAGUGUCUGUAGCGGACAGCCAUCAUAACCGGUCUGUCGUUAUCGCCCAAGACCUCGAUGCCUCAAGGUCAUCCACCCUUUGCAGUGAGCCGUUGCAGACGCGCUGACCUGAAGUCACACGACCGACAGCUCGGGCAUGCCUGCGUCAUACAGCUGAAGCUGCCUAUGCGACCACUUGAACGCGCCACCCCCUUCGACCACCAAAACAAGCCACUGGGACACCACUCCUCGGCAAAUGCAACACAUACCGAUUGAAGACCACUUGAGCUUGGCCCACGAGCCUAUAAAAGCGGCUACCACCACUGUCCCAGUGACUCUCGGGCAUAAGUGAGCGCAAUCAACACCAGCCCUGGCUUCGCCAGUGGCCACUGCCGCCUGAGAGGACAGAUUCGGGUUCUGUGCGCAAUAAACCCCUCAUUCUGGUGCCUUAUGUCUCUCUCCCUACGACACUAGGAUUUGCCCUGAUUAUUUCAGUGCUCAGCCUGCACACAUUCACACCGUCUGGCCACAUAUCUAGCCACUAGUCUUGUGACACCUUGAUUUUAAUUAUAAGAAUGUGAAGCAUGGACCUAUCGUCAUUCGGAACAUAUGCUCCAACUUAUUGCUAAUUUCUUUUGUGCUGCAACCGACCGAUUUUAAACGUUAAACGCUAAUUAUCCAUUUGAUGUUUGCGCAUUCUACUAACUUCCGACUUAACCGUUGGCUUUCUUUAGCGGAUGCUGGUGACACUUACACAGAUUAUGUGGCCACAAGAUGGUACCGAGCCCCAGAACUGCUAGUGGGGGAUACGCAUUACGGACCGCCUGUGGAUGUUUGGGCAAUCGGUUGCGUAUUCGCUGAAAUGCUGACAAAAAUGCCUCUCUGGCCGGGUCGGUCAGAUCUUGAUCAACUCUACCUCAUAACGCGAAAUUUAGGUAAAGUAAUAUUUAUGAAUUUUCAAUAUAAAACCCGAGCGAGAUGAUUGUCUUUCACUUCAUGCCAUGCUCCACUAGUUCCAAACGAAAAAAGUCGAAAAUGCAAUUAUAAGACAUCGAAAUGUUUCCAUCCGGUCGGCCAGAAACAAUCGGUCAGGAUAAAUACUUAUGUUGAAGGUGAGAAUGAUAUUCUAGUUUGAGACUCCCUAGAGGCUUUUACUGGUGGGAAGGGACCACGGAUUUGUGCUGUAAAAUGUUUCCUCCCGUAAUAUAAAGAUAUGUCAGUUCGCAGAUAUGGAAUAUACUUCGAUCGUGGAGGAGAGGAAUUGAUCUCCUUCCUUGCAGAAACUAAAGGUUAUCAUUUGGUUUGCUAUUUGCUUUGGGCAAAGUGGGGCGGUUUUAAACAUUUGAUGACUGCGACAAAAAUCAUCAUCUAGUUAUCUGCGCAACAUUUAUAACUACUCGGAGUUCGGGGAAAUAUCGCCCCACGAAAGGUGAAUUCAUAGUAAUUUAGUUCCUGCAGUACUAUUUAGUCUUUCUAGAAACAUAUGCGUCAGCUCCGAUAACCACGGGCCAUGUAAAUGUGACUUAGCCUGAAUUUAUUUGAAAUAUAUUUGUUUAAGUUAGGUAAAGCUCCAAAUAAUGGUGUGCGGAUUAUAACAGUGAAAGUAUGUGUGCUUAAUGUACAGGUCCUUUUUUGUAGGUGACUAAAAACCCACAUUGUACAUGUGAAAUAUAAAACAGUUCUAUAUAUUUUUAAAAUGCUUAAAAAUUCUUAGUCAGUGAGAUGCAAUGACGAGCACUAAAUUAUUCAGCCCGACAUCUAGAAGUUCAUUGUGAGUCAUAUUUAUAUCAGUGCGAAACUGACAGCAAAAACAACCAACGCUGUUUUCGAACAACAAAUACGGGGACCGAACAAGACGUAGGAACGGAAAAAUUCACCCCGUAUCUAGAAAAACUUUUCCUCUACGAAUUUUCUCUCAUAGCUAUAGAACCCCUGAUUUUGAUAAUUCGCAGCAACUCGUUAGCAUUAGUACAGUCGAGUAACGCAACCUCUUAAAGGCAAACUGCUCAGUUUUUAAUACGUGUUGAAUUGUGUUCCAGGAAACCUGCUGCCACAACAACAGAAGACAUUUUUGACUAAUAGCUACUUCUCCGGCGUCGUUCUUCCCCGCCCCCGUGUUCUGGUAUGUUUAUCCUGAUACUACAAAUUAAGCACUACUGUAAUCCGUAUAGUAGCCAAUGUGUUUGACGUAAUAGUGAGUAUAUCAUUGAAAUACCACAUUCCAGGCUUUUCAUAUGUUCUUGACCAAUUGCAAUGAGAUAAUCCAUAUCACUGUCCAAAUAUCAACGCGCCUGGUUCGGAGGCUGUUCACUGAAAACAGAUUUUGGAGGGGUUUUUAUCAAACGUGUUGAAUUACGCGCAGGAAUUCACCAAAUAACGCUCGUAGUACCUUUGAUGCGGCUGAAUUCUGAACCAAUAAAUUGAGCGUCACACCGAACUCACAAACACGACUUGCUUCGUCCACUUAGUUAUCAUGCUUGAGUCGCCUCCUGUUUACAUCCUUUGAACUAUGCGAUAAGGGAAGUCCUCAGCUCCGGCUAACGCUUUUCCGAAAAGAAGGCACAAGUGCGGUAUGUCGAUCAGAGUUAAAUCGUCCUUACUUGUAUCUGCUAUAAAACCAACAUGACGUGUGGAAGGAUACACGAUCGCUUGGACAAGAGCUUUAUUCGCCUGACUUUUCGGCUUCCUGCUCGAGCCCAUCAUCAGAGACAAAAGCAAAUACGGGUGGUUCAGCGAUCGUGUCUCCUUCUUCACGACUGCUUUCUGGGGCUUGUCUCUUCGCUUCUGUUGGCAGUAAAACCGACAGUUGCAACGAUAAAGAAGCCUAGAUUUAUUAUUGUUUUUCACAGGCGGUGAAACAUACGUACGGUUUAGAGGUAUAAAAUGCUAUGAGAAAUAGCGGGAGGACAAUCCGACCGUCUGUCUCACAUAUCUAGGACCGGAAGUGCAACAAAAAGCAGUAUUCAUAGAUGAUUUUGUCCAGUAUUCGACCACCUUUCGUCGUCUGCGGGGUAUUCUUAGAUUUUGUGGGCAAAUUAGGGCUCAUUCGAUCUAUCACUAGCGCUUUACGUACAGGUCCGGGCCCCAUUAUCUGCCACCAUGACUUGCUGGCCGCUUCUACAAUUCUCGUCAUACCCACAAAGUUGAACUCAUAACUUGCCUCUGACUUCUGAAGGGGAUAUCAGGUACUUGAUCAUCUUUCUACAAAGUCCAAUUCUGUUAUGGUACUUCACCUCUUUGAUCGGAUGAAUCCAAAGAGCCCCUAAUACAUUUAAUAUGGCAGACAAGCAGAUCCUUAAUAAGUUAGUAAUUCCCGUAUAACCUUCCUAAUUUGGCUGAGAACAGUAAGCAUAACCCUGGGCGAAUUCCUUCUGAUGGUACUGAAAAAAAUUGACUCAGAAAAAAUACCAUAGCUGUGGUGGGUUUGUUUCAGCCCUCUGUGCAAACACUGACUUAUGAGAACUCCUUGGUAGUCUUUUGUGUAAGAAUCGACUGCGGAGUUACUCGGUUUGUGGGCCACUUCCGAACAUCCUGCUUAAUUUUUUGAAUAAGACUUUGAGUCGAAGGAUGUCCAGUAUGGUAUCUGAGAACUUCCUUCAGACUACCUGCAUUUACGCACAACCUAGUUUUGAGUUUAUUAUCCGUUGUUAGUCCUAUGGGAAAAUAUAAGUGAUAGCACGUUUUUACCGGAGAGAAGAAACGAACUGUCAAGGCUACGCAACUACCGACAGUUUGGCACUCACGAACGGCGACGUCCCCCGUUUGCCCCACAGCGUGGUGGUCACAGGAACGGGCUCUUGCAUAUGAACUGAUUUAUAGUGAUGGCAGACUUGCGCUGCAUCUGCCACACCUUGCCCUCCCCCCAGCCACUUAAGUAAUAUGUCAAGACGGAGGCGGGAUCAAACGCAGUGGCCAACUAGGCUAAGCAGUCCGUCUGCGCGGGGCAUACACACACACCGGGUCUGCGUACGAUGAUCAGCUUUUCACGGAAACAAGAAGUGGUCGGCUUGGACCCCAUCUGUGUGGAAGCACCAUUAGGACCCCAUUAAGCAGGAGACAUUGCAAAGUGAAUCUCCGUCCUGAGAGAAGAACCGAGGCGCACCGCGAUAGAUUGAAACCGCCUUAGGGAGAACAGAUUUAUUAGUCAAUCUGAGUGACUUCUCUGGCAGCCUACAAGGUUGUAGUCUGCCUGUAGAACGCAUAAACUAAACAUGGUAAUGUAACAGACACUUGAUGCAGCCAGCCUUCACCAAUAAAUAGUAAGAAAUUCGUGAACUUAGGUUAUGAAAAUGUGAAAAGAAUACAACACAACUCCUCGGGUUGUGGCACAGUCGGCAGACCACUGAACGCGAUUUCGGUGCGGUCAGGACGCGUUUGAUACGCUAAUACGGGGGGAGUCAUGAGUAACUUCCCCAUCUUAACUUUAAUGCAUCUUCUACCACUAUUUGCUUUACAACUUAUGUUUCAGAGUUUGAAAAUCUUUCCCUUGAAAAUCGUUACAAAAUAUUUAAGGACCCUACAACGCAUAAAAAGUAUUUCAUUCCUCUGUUAUUCUAACGCAAAAGGUAUAUAUGCGUUUUUUGCAUGUCAUGGGAGAUAAGGCCCAUGCUCGCCUGAAGCGUCCAAUAAAUAAUCAAAAUACUGGGCUAUGAAUCACAGAGGGUCCGAGUAUCAUUCAGUAGCAUAAAUUACACUUCGGGCAGUUCACGGUUGAGUUCGAUGUUGCAUUCGAAAGGAUACAGGACAUUAAUCGUUCCAGGACGAUGAUGACGAUGACAGCUAGACCAUCGCGAACGAUGAUUUCCACCGUUUGCCCCUCGGUUUGCCAGCCGCGGUGGCGGUUACUUGGGUGUGAGUUAGUUUAUAGUGGUAGUAGACCGUAGGAACUCAUAGUGGCCGGAUCGGACGCUGACAGAACCAAAUAGCCGUCUACGCGUGCCACAAACGCGUAGACUUUUGUCCAGACUUCUGUCCACUACCCGGGCCGGUCAGUUGUCUGGUGCUGGGAUUGGGCGCAAUAAAUGAUAGAGUUGAAAAGCCCAUCUGCAGGCGCCAGACACGUCCUGACUGCCUGCACGACACAGCAGCAUUUCACGCGAAGGGGAUGGGUGGCUCAGAUCGCACGUGCGUGGGAGUGCCGCAGAGGGGGGGGGGAGACACUGAGUCUGACUUACUCCAGUCAGUCAGUCAACAUAAACGCUCACAGGGCCGACUGCGAUGUCUGAGUUGUAUCGUCAGUUGACAAACUUAAAAAACACGACGUUUACUGUGUCGUAAUAGACUCAAGGAGGUCGGAUUUAUUUUGGUGUGCAAAGUGUUAAAGUAACGUAGGGAUAGACUCACCAGAAUUGACUCCACUCUCUCUUCCCUCUCCUAGGCACCGGUCUACUCUCCGAGUCAUCUGAUGCGGGAAGCGGGUUGGUCAGGGCCUGAACAGGCGUUUGAGUGCAAAAAUGAUUGCACAUUAUGACUCCAUUAUGUGGUCCUGGGAAGUGUUUGUGCGGGUUAGAACGUUGGUGAGGGUACAUGGAAAAGUCAAGUUUCAACUGCUAAAAUAACUAAGAAGAGUGAAAACUAUUCUGAAGUGGUUACAGGCUGUCCAAAGUGGAGAAGUAGGACCAGGUUUACCCGUCAAGUAGAACCUCCAAUUCACGGCGCCUAGAGAUUUAAGAUAGUAGAGGAAAAGAGCGGGCGUGGUCGCGAGGCAGGUGAAUUCAGCGUCGGUCUAACGCUCUCUUGAGUGUCAUUGUCAAGCCAGAGCCAGGCGGACAAGCGCAGAAAUUACCUGUCAGCUAAAUGCAAAUGCACCUGUUAGUAGCUGUCUUCACCAAUAGGUGGGGAUGGGUAGUUGCAAAAAAUACAAAAUUGACUAGGCAUCGAGAACUCAAAACACAAAUUUAGCGCAAACUUGUUAGACUAUUUUCAAUCGACGCUACUGGGCUCCGAUCAGUAUACCAAUUUCAUAGGUCUAUGAGAGGCAGUGUUCUUUCCCGACUUGAGGUCUGGCAAACCAGUUACCUUUCCUUUUUUACAUCAAGUCAGCUUUUUAAAUUCUCGUCCUUUACAACACUCUCGUGCGUCCACCCACUCAACGCACUCCUCUGCUGAGAUCAUCAAGACAAUCUUGAAUGCAGUUAAUUUGCAUGAGCAGUAAUCGCCAACGGCGCUCAGACCACAGCUUAGUUUUGAGUCAUAUUUAAACAGGACAUACAACUUCAGCCUUCAAAUGCGGAAAUGGGGCAUUUCCGGGGUUGGAUUGGAAAAAAAGAAGUAGUAUCACUGGGACGCUCGGUUUCAGAAUUGAAAUGACGUUGAAAAAUGACAAGAAGAAUCGGAUGAUAUUGUCGAUAUUUCCCAACCGAGCAACCAAAACAAAUGGGUUGAAAUUGUUUGCAGAAGUUAACUGAGGCCUGCUCGUGCGCAUGGAACGCGAACUUCCUAAGUUGUAUGUUUAUAGCACUUGUCAGCCUAAAUGAGUAACACGCGAAACUUAUUGCUGCGAUGCGUAACAGAAUCCAUACCUCAGAACUCCAUCCACCUUCUAUGACUAAGUGAUAGGAGACGGUCAUCAAUGCCCUUCCCGGGAACUAUCUUCCUACAAAAUGCCUUUUUCAAUACAUUAAAACAGGCACGUAAAGCAAAUACGAUUUUGACAGUCUGUACAUGUAAGCACGCCACGUUCUCUCUUCCAAACGGCCUCUAUCAUCAUCAUUCCUGUAUUGCAGGUGACUUUCUGCCAUAGUUUGGGGGUACACAUAUCCGUUUCCUACCGGGGAAGUUAGUCGAUACUGCGGAACCAGAGGGAGGGACACUGUUGGUGAUAGUAUAACUUGUGGAUCAACAAGGUAGAACUUACAUCAGACCCGGGCACGAUCAGCAUCAAUCUCGUUUUCCUGAAUACAAGGCCAUUUAUCGGGCCAAAAGUAGUAAAAGAGGUUAGGAGAAGGACGUCUAACCCUUCAGAACCAGAAAAUUCCGGACGCUGGGUUUAACUUUCGGGUUUUACAACACUGGAAAUAUUUACCUAGUCACAAACUCUUAUCCAUUUACGAGCAUUUGUUGGGUGUAAUACUGGACGGAAUAGUUAUAUUUGGAGAGCUAAUUGGCCCUCUGCCAAAUACAUUAGGUUUAGAAAGUAAAUGAUAGGAAACGUGAUGAGUGCGUACUAACUUUUCAAGAUAAAAAAUAAUUUGUUUCCUCAUAAUGGUUCCAUGGGGACUUAAAACGGCUAAAACAAUGAAAAGGAAAAUUCCACUAAGUGCUAAGUUUCUAUUUGAUGCAAUUUUUAGGAACCCUUGGAGGUGAAGUUCGAGGGCAUGCACCCGAAGAUCACUGAUGCCGAAUUCAAUUUUCUUAAGGUAUGAAAGUAACUUUUAUAUAAUUCAGGACACAAUGUCAAUCAACACUUUUUGGAACUUAAAAUGAGUGUACAUUACUUUAAUUUUUGGAGUUUCUUAAAAUGCUAUUUUUAAAAGUUUUUUGGAUUACGGAACAAAGAGCCGUAACUUGUUGCCGCAAACCGGCCAUUGUUCCUUACUUUCGUAUUUAAGUUAUAUAAAUGGAAUCGCGAUCGUCGGCCCUUCGACUAAAAAUACACUGCUUUCUAAUCCUUGCCAAAUGUUCUACCCAAAACCUACCUACUUACUUCAGGGAACUGAUCCAAGGCCAUCAGGAUCGGUGUAUUAAACCCCAACAAUAGUCACUUUGACCUUUAUUUCAUCCUUUUUCCAGGCAUGUAUAAUGAUGGAUCCUUCUCAGAGAAGCAAGUGCUCAGAACUACUGCAACACGCAUACUUUCGGAAACUUCGUGAUAAAUUGAAAUCGGAAAAUCCAGAUCCCACCAAUGUCACCGUAAAUUUAGAAGGUUGCGUCUCUGAGACAGAGGAGAAGGAAACUGAAGGAGAAGAGGAGGGGGAGGAACACGGAGGGUCAGAAGACGAUGAAGAGGUUCCCAUGGUGGCGACGACGGAAAAGCAAGUCUCACGGCAGGAGGCAUCCCCUAAUCACUUUGAUGAGGCUCUCAACAUCGCGAAACUCUCUAUAGAGAAGAAUCAGCAAACCCAACCGUCCCAGACGCAGCUAACGCAAGCUGUACAAGAGCCACCACGUCGACGGCCUUCCGUUGAGACAACUACAACAGAGAGCAUACCAAGACACGUUUUUACUCGUGCCAACCAGAAGAACCUUGCACCCAUGGGGCUGUCGUGGACAAACUCGAUAGCGACGGCGGUCACGCAUAAGUCAGUGUAUAAAACCAAAGGCACCGUAAGUCGAUGUCUGUUAAAUCCAUUACGUAGUACAUAGUCGACAGCAUGCAAUUUAUCUAAUAGGUGAGAGAGAGUGAGAGAGAGAGAGCACCUUUAAGUAAUCCAUCAGUGUCCACCUCCAUGGAGACAGAAGGAUUCCGGUGAGCUACCAAUUUACAGGAUCUAGCUAUUUAAAUGCCAAAUCAAGAUUUGUUGUAUUUGUUUGACUGUUGUAAUUCUGGACGAUUUUAAACGAAUAAUCAGACCAUUUUUGAAAAAAUAAGGAUUCAGAUAAGCAAGCUUUCAUCUUUUAAAUCGCGUAUUUUAUCACUAUACGUGCAAGCGAAAUUCUGUUAUCUACCAAUCGCAACCAACAUUUGCACAUGAUGACAAAGCUUGCGCAAUUUCCACGCGUUCGCAGAAAUGCUCCGGAAAUCGAUGACAGUACAUUAACAAAACCAUCUGAUUAAGAAACAGACAACCCUAGAUAUAGAGGAAACCCAAAAAGACAUAAAAAAUAGGUAAUAUGUGAUUAUGUAGCCCCACCUGAUGGACACAAUACUGUUGGGGCUGGGGUUAGGGGGCAGAGUUGGGUGCUAUGGCUAGGGGUUAGGGUUAGGGGUUAAGGCAACUAUUUCUAAACCUACUACCACCGGUCUUGUAUUACAGUUGGCUGGGUUUUGGUUACUUCAGGUGGGGCUACAUAACCAAAUCUGACCAAAAUAAUAUUGAGUUUUUCAGAAAUCGUGCUUUUGUUGAUUAAUCACACGCAUCAGUUAACCAGUUUCCCUGAUUUAGGUGUUUCAAGCUCCAGGCCUCCAAAGCACGAGCGCAAAGCCGAACCAAACAGACGCUGCCGCAUGUCAACCGUCCACAAGCCAGGUCAUCCCUCCAGACAGUUCAGUCCCCCCACCCAUCACGGGUUACCGUGCCGUGGUGACGAGUCGCCCCGAGAGGCACUUCUACCCGCUGGCGCACCAGUCAGUGGGACAGGCACAUAUCUACCAAGGGAAAGUCAGCAUGGGCAGCGGAAGCGGAGCAGGAGUGGGAGGAGGAAAAUCGCCCAAUCCUUUUGUGCCUACAGCGGACCGAUUCCACUUGGCCGGCACAUCACCAACCCCGAGAACUCCCCUGCCUUAG